GUCACCUUUCCGUUUCUAUGGCAAUCCGGGGAGGUGGAGCCUCAGUUUAGAGAGGCGUUGACCGGAAGACGCGGUCGUGACAGAAGGGCCCGACUUCCUCGCCUCCCUCCGGGCUGAUGAAGGGCUUUCCUUCCCGUCUGUGGGAUGCCUGUGAGGGGCGCACGGCUGCGGCUCGGCGGUGACUGGAUGGGGGACGCCUCAGCUUCACAAGCCGAAGACCUCAUUGGGAACUGCUCACACAAUCAAUGGACAUAAGCCCUACCAUCCCUCCUCCUUCCAUGGAUCCUCUGGGUGCGCCUUCCCAUUUUGUGGAUAUUGAAAGUUUGCCAGGAUGGGCUGACCUUUAUGAGGCAGAUUCUCAAAGUGUGUCUGAAAGAUGCCAGGUGGAUGCCCCAUCGCCCUUCGCGUACAGGAAAGACAUCAAUGCAAAAAUCAUACUGUGGAGGGGCGAUGUAGCGCUACUGAACUCCAUGGCCAUCGUGAACACCAGCAAUGAGUCUCUCACAGAUAAGAAUCCUGUGUCAGAAAGUAUCUACUUGCAUGCGGGACCAGACCUGAGGGCUGAGCUACAGAAACUCAAAGGCUGCCGGACAGGGGAGGCCAAGCUGACCAAGGGCUUCAGUCUGGCCGCCCGUUUCAUCAUCCACACGGUGGGGCCCAAAUACAAGAGUCGGUACCGCACGGCCGCAGAGAGCUCCCUGUACAGCUGCUACCGUAACAUUUUGCAAAUCGCAAAGGAGCAGGCGAUCUCUUCAGUGGGAUUGUGUGUCGUAAACACUGUGAAACGAGGUUACCCUUUGGUUGAUGCCACCCACAUAGCGCUGCGGACAGUUAGGCGAUUUCUCGAGAUUCAUGGGGAAACCCUUGAAAAAGUGGUGUUCGCAGUAUCUGAGGCUGAAGAGGCCGCUUACCAGAAGCUGCUGCCGUUGUAUUUCCCAAGGUCGCUAGAAGAGGAGAGGCAGUCCUUGCCUUUCCUGCCUGCUGAUAUUGGUAAUGCGGAGGGGGAGCCGGUGGUGCCCGAGCGUCAGAUCAGAAUUAGUGAAAAGCCAGGCGUUUCAGAAGAGAAUUCUGACGAGGAAGGGCUCGAAGCGGACCUGGCGUUUAUCGGGUCCCACGCUUUUGCCCGCAUGGAAGGGGACGUGGACAAGCAGAGGCGCCUGGUUCUCCAAGGGCAGCUCUCAGAAGCAGCGCUGAAGAAACAGCAUCAGAGAAAUUACAGUCGCUGGCUGUGUCAGGCGAGAGCCGAAGACCUCUCCGACAUCGCUUCCCUCAAAGCUUUGUACCAAACAGGCGUGGAUAACUGUGGCCGUACAGUGAUGGCCGUGGUUGGAAGGAAUAUUCCCGUAACGCUUAUAGACAUGGAAAAGGCUCUGUUGUAUUUCGUCCACGUGAUGGACCAUAUUGUGGCGAAGGAAUACAUCAUUGUUUAUUUCCACACCCUCACUAAUGUCUACAACCACCUAGACUCGGAUUUCCUGAAGAAACUCUACGACAUCGUUGAUAACAAGUACAAAAGAAAUCUGAAAGCCCUAUACUUCGUCCAUCCAACAUUUCGCUCAAAGGUAUCAACAUGGUUUUUCACCACCUUUACUGUGUCGGGCCUGAAGGACAAAAUCCACCACAUAGAAAGCCUCCAGCAGUUGUUCACAGCCAUCCCCCCGGAACAGAUUGACUUUCCGCCAUUCGUUCUCGAAUACGAUGCCAGGGAAAAUGGACCCUACUAUUCCUACCCUUCUUCUCCAGACCUCUGACCUCACAGCUGCGCCUCGGUUUCCGGUCUCCCGAGCCCCCGUGACUUGCUGCUUGGCAACGCUGUUGUUGCUGAGCUGCCUCAAUCCCUGGACAGAGAUCAGAGGGAAGGGUUUUCCUUCCCCCCCCCCCCCCGCCCCCCUCUGGUAUUUUUUUACAAAUGACAUUCGCGAGCACAGAGGCAAUCAGAAUGCCAUAUUGCUAUGGACUGUCGUGGUGUCAAAUCUAUCUCUCUCUCCCUUCAGUUGGAAAAGUGGUUUUGGACUCCAGGAGUAAAUUCAGUUUGCCCCCCGGCUGGAUUUCAAGACUUUAUCCUCACCAAUACAGUUUCCGCAAGAGGUACCAGGAGCAGGUUUUAACCUCCAUCCGCAAGGUCUUGGCGUUUUCUUCAUUGCCCUGUUCUGGACUCAGUUGAGGUGGGGAAAGGAAAAUGCAACAUCAGUUUAACACUCUUCUGGAAUCCUCACACCUCGGACCCACCAUUAGCGGGAUUGAUUUUUUUCUAAAGCAGAGUCUGGAAACGAAGUACAGCUGAGAACUUUGGAGAUGCCGACUGAGCAAAGCUCUUCUGUUGUACGCACCCCAUCCACCCCAAAAAAACAUGCCAGCAUCCGUGUCUUGGAUGGUACCUGAGCAUGGACUCUGGCAAUCUGACUUUUAUCCCCUUGACAAUGUGAACUGGCCGGGGGAAGGGGUGCUGCUGCUGACCCACCAAACAGUGAAACAGGAGGACCCGUCAGCUGGAUCUCCUGCAGGCCUGAUGCGUUCUUGGAAAAGGACAAAAGAGGCGGAUGCUGUAAAUAAGGCCAUCUGGAGCAUGUGCAAAGGCUGUGAUGCUUGAAAUCUGUAUCAUUGCAGGGGAGGGGGGGAAAUCAAGAAUGUAACAUUUGUCUCAAAAAAAUAAAUGAUUUGUAUCUGC